AAGGAGCGCAAGUUGUUGUAAGCGGGUUUUCGUGGCAUAGAGGAAUUUUCACGUACGAUUUAUUGUUUGUUGAACUGCAUUUAGAUGCCCAAAUACCGAGAACGUUUACAACUGUGUCCUGCUUUGAAGACGGACUCCGCGAUGCAGAUGUUGGUGGACCCCUAUGAGAACUUCAUGCUGCAUCAUCUGCGGCACUAUGGAUUGUUUACGGAACAGCGUGUCCACGUCAAGGACACCGUUACUCUGAGCCAGAGGUGGGAACGGGACCGCUCCGUUGACAUCGCGGUCUCGGACAAGAACUCGGAUAAGAACUCUGAUAAGAACUCGGACAAGAACUCGGACAAGAACUCUCUGAGCAGCGACGAUUCCGACUCUGAUGCGCUGGGAAAAGGGAGCACAGUCCCUCGGAGGCCACUCUCCCUCCCAGUAGAGCCGGCCCCCAGGUCCAGGCAGCUGGUGUUCAAUCCUGAGCAGGGCUUUUCCAUCCCGAGGCUGCGGGAGCCCCACGGGCUGUUCGCCUCCCUGUCCCUGUCCAGCCUGCCCCAGGGCGUGCGCUGGCCAAUCGAGUGCCAGGUCCUGAAGGAGCAGAUCCAGCACAUCGAAUGGGAGCCACCACAACCGGAGCCAUUCUACCAGCCCACGGGUCACGAGAGGACACCCUUGCCUGUUGGAGAUGAGAAAGGCAAGCUUGUGUUUCAGAUCGAGCCAGCCACAAAGACCUCCUACUUCACCUCCGCCCGGGUGGGCGGCUGCCGAGGGCCAAUCAGAGCCUUCCGCUCCUGCCCCAGUGGGUGGGGGGACUCCACCUUGGAGUUUGAGUCUCGGUUUGAGAGCGGGAACCUGCAGAAAGCCGUGCAGACCGGGCUCCGCGACUACGAGCUGACGCUACGCACGGACCUCUACACCGAAAAGCACACUCAGUGGUUCUACUUCCGGGUCACGAACAUGAAGGCGGGACAGACCUACCGCUUCACCAUCGUGAACCUGAUGAAGCCCAGCAGUCUGUACGGCCAGGGGCUGAGGCCGCUGCUGUACUCUGAGCGGGCCGCGGCCACCCGCGGCGCGGGCUGGCGACGGACCGGUGCCGACAUCAAGUACUACGCCAACCAGACCGAGCACGACGGCCACGCCCUCUACUCUCUAACCUGGACCUGCCAGUUCCCCUACGAGGGGGACUCCUGCUAUUUCGCCCACUCCUACCCGUACACCUACACGGACCUGCGGCGCUUCCUGACCUCGGUGACCUCCGACCCCGUCACCGCCGCACUCUGCAAGGUGCGCGUGCUGUGCCGCAGCCUGGCAGGAAACGCUGUGUACGUCCUGACGGUGACCUCGCCGUUCUCCAGCCGCGAGGCGGCGCGCUCGAAGCGGGCGGUGGUGCUGACGGCCCGCGUGCACCCGGGGGAGACGGUGGGCUCGUGGGCCAUGCAGGGCGCGCUGGAGUUCCUGCUGGGCGACACGGCGGACGCGCGGCUCCUCCGCGACGCCUUCGUCUUCAAGCUGGUGCCCAUGCUCAACCCCGACGGCGUGGUGGUGGGGAACUACCGCUGCUCGCUGGCCGGCCGCGACGCCAACCGCAACUACCGCACGCUGCUGCGGGAGGCCUUCCCCUGCGUCUGGCACACGCGCAACAUGGUGAAGAGGUUGUUGGCUGAGAGAGAGGUGGUCCUGUACUGUGACUUCCACGGGCACAGCCGGAAGAACAACGUCUUCAUGUACGGCUGCGAGAAUCGUGGCAGUCCCCAGUCCCGCUUUCAUGAGCGCAUCUUCCCCCUGAUGAUGAGCAAGAACGCCAGUAACAAAUUUUCUUACAAGUACUGCAAGUUCAGGGUUCAGAAAAGUAAAGAAGGAACAGGACGUGUGGUGAUGUGGAAGUUGGGGAUCGCCAACAGCUUCACCAUGGAGUCUACCUUUGGAGGGUCCACAUUAGGGACCCGAAAAGGAACACAUUUCAGCAUCCGGGACCUGAAAUCGCUGGGGUACUACUUCUGCGACACUCUCCUGGACUUCUGCGACCCCGAUCCAGCCAAGGUGAGUGCGUGCUUGGCAGAGCUGACAGCCAUGUGGAGGGAGGCCCGUUGCAGGCUGGGCAGAGACCUGGACUCUGAUGCAUCUCUCAGCGAUGAAUCCAGCACGAGUGGUUCAAACAGCACGGAUUCCAAUGACUUGCCUGCUCAUCUGCUAAAUAUCAUUGACAAGGAAACCCUGUGCAAGAAGAAGCGCCUGAAGACCCGCAAGGAAAGGACCCGGCUGCGACAGGAGAGAGCCCUGAAGAAUAAGAACAAAAUCAAGCACAAUGGAGAGAUACCGAAGAACGAAAAUCAAGCAGCGGGAGCUGAUGGCAAGAGAGAAAAGAAGGACACACGCCUGGAGGCAGUGACGGCUACCUGCUUGCAUUUUGAGGAGCCAAUAGCCGCUGCUCAGCCUCCUUUUACUGACAAGAUAGAAACGGUCGUUAGGCCGCAUCGCCGAUCGCAGCCCCGCGCAUGGUCUUCCCAGCCCCGGCGGCAGGCCCUGCACAACCAGAUAUUUGGUCCCCCCGGCGACCUUCCCUCGCCCUGUCGCCUGGGCCGCGAGCGAAACCCUGCAGCAAGCGGAACUAUCCAUCCACCCAAUGCUUCGGGACGCAGGUCUUCAGUGGUAGGGAAGCUGGUGCAGUGUAACCUGUUCCCAGUUUUCGUGUCAUCGCUGGAGCUGCUGCCUGCCAGGCCCCCGCAUCCCUCCCCAAGCCCGACUCGCAGACAAACGCAGACAAAAGCUGAGCUUGCGCGAGUUUCCAUCAUGUACUCCAUGCCGGAGGCCUCCAGCACCAGUACAGACUCAAUGGAAACUGUCAAAAAGAGUCAGGAAAAAGACUGCACUGCAGGAGCUGUGUCAGUGAGAGACCUGGACAGCAGCCAUGGAGGGGCUCUGUCUGAAAGCCCUGCAAGCAAGCAGGCGGUGGACACAGACCCUUUCCCCCCUUUAAGGAAACCGGAUCUCAACACAGACUUGCGAAGCAGAAGGUUGUCCCCGUUGGCAAAAGCAGGUGAGGCGGCCCGCGGCGCCCCAAAGCUGCCUGCCUCCAGGCCCCAGGACCCCGACCCUCUCUCCCCCCCGCGCUCCAGGCCCCAGGACCCUGACCCUCUCUCCCCCCCGCGCUCCAGGCCCCAGGACCCCGACCCUCUCUUCCCCCCGCGCUCCAGGCUCCAGAGGCUGCAGAGCCUCAGCCUGGCCAAGCCGGCCAAGCUCCCGCUCUCCAGCAGCACGCUGACCGGCCCCAGGGAGAGCAGCCCUUCUGAGCCCCACAGUGCUGAGAAACGCUGA